AAUAAUCUUUGUGCUGUGACACUCUUCAUUUGGAAAAACGCGUAGUAUAUCAACAUAUCCUAAAUGUAAGAAAAAGCUCUAUAGAUUGAAUUUGACAGCGCACCAAGCAUCAAUAGUUGAACUGAGGUACUCAGGAUAAAAUGAACUCUUCUUCCUUGGUAUUUACAUCAGUGAUACUGCAUGUUAUCAUUUCAUAUAUGUGUGGAAAACAUGCAUGUUUUGCGUACCGCUGGAAGGCUUCACCAGACAACUGUACAUGCAUCCGCACUGGCCUUUCAACUUACAGCUUGUUUUCUCUUCGAGGACAAAGAAUUUAUGGGUCAGGAUUUCGCCAACAGCAAAGUUACACAUACUCCUUCAUGCCUUGUGUACCCGAUAAUUUGCACUCACGUGAGGGAAAUUGCACAAACGUGGCACUAUGUAAAUACGACACGGAUGGAAUUCCACCUGUGUUCACAGACUUGGGUGAACAAGGAGAUGUUAUGUGCGAAGAAACAGAUGAAUACAGAUUUGCACUAAUAUAUCCUAUAAAGAAGAGUCCUCACUCAAUAAGUCACUCCAAGGUUGUUGUCGAAUGCGAUAAUGAUCCUCAUGCAAAACCUGUGUUAAGUCUAAUAAGCGAGGAAAGUUUGAUAUUCAGCUUAAAGGCCUUUUGCGGAUGUCCAAAUCAAUGUUUACCACCUAAGACUAAUAAUACUGUAACAUUCGGUGAUAUUGUUUCACCGACUGGGGUAACCUCAACUUCAACCAAGGCGAGACCAAAAUCUACACCUGGAGGCUCUUCGUUGAGUUUGGUUGCUCUGGCCCUCCACAUAUUGGUACCAUGUCUUGGAACAUUUUUCCUCAUCUUAAUCUGUUUAUGCUUGUGGUGGCAUCAUGCCACUAUCAAGAAUGCUCUGAUGCGGCUCAGAUGCUGCCACUUUUGUGAUGAGCAUGACGCCUUCGAACGAGUGGAAAGAAUUGGGCGUGCAACAGAAAGAAGUCGUCUUUUCAGGAACCAACAGAGCUACAGAGCUGUUGGACAGGAAGAUUCCGUAGAAAAUGGCCCUGAGGAUGGAGUUACUGGGCAGCAUUUUGAAUUGAUUCGAAAAGGCAACAACACCGCUGUCGUAUAAUUCAAUUCAAAUUUAAGGUGUAGCACCGUGUAGUUAAGACAUGAUUGAACAACUUUUUACCAGUUCUAGAUAUCUUUGAUCCCGUCCUGAUAAAUUAAGUAAACGUAUCACGAUUUCUCGUUAGUUUCUAUUCUCACCAAUUAUUGUAAGAGCCCAAGGAGAAUUAUUAAUUCCUUUCUUAAAUAUUUGGAAGGAUUCAAGUUGUCAAAGGGAGAUGGCUUAAGUUCUGCUCUGGAAAAGGUCUUAUUUUCAUAACUUGAGAACUA